AUGCCCCCUAACUUGGAGGUGAUUCGGUAUCAGACGGUCCUUGAGGUCGAUGCGCUAUUCAGCUCGAACUGCGAGGAGGAACGAGAGAUAAACGAGCUUGUCGGCCGGGUAGCUAGCUUUCGCAAAGCCGUGCCUGGCUCUGUUGGCGCUGUGUGGCCAACGACACUAGACAUCAAAGUCAUCCAAGGAAUGCUGCUCUACCACGAAAUGAGUGUUGAAGAUGAAAAGGGGCGCUCAUUGGCCAAGUAUAAGAAUCGCAAUGCCUUCAUAUCCAGGUUCAUACUCCAUGCAACAAAUGUGCUUCGAACAAGGUCACAAGUCUCGAGUCGUAUCCAACAACUCCGCAACCUCACUCCGGACAAUCGCAUCCGUGCAUUAAUAGACGCCAAGUCGCUCAAAGGGAUUACGCCAUUGCCCGACAAACUGACUGUGUUCGAAAGACCGAACAUCGAGAAAGAUCUUUUCGAUGAAGGCCUCCCCAUACAUUACCCCACCCUCAUUAUCUCUGCUUGCGUCUACGCUUUUCAAAGACAGAGGAACGGGCUGCCGCCAGCCUUACAUAUCGAGUCGACUGCUUCUCAAGCCAUCGAAAUAUGUGAACCAGACUGGCGGCCUUCCACAAGCGGCUUGGGCCUCACUGUCCACAUUAUCUCUGCGGCCUCGUUAUCGACAUACUGUCACUACGAGGUGACACAAAAGGGGAAAUCCAUCAAUUCCUUCGAGGGCUCGUUGAUACCUCAUGGGUUUGCAGAGGAACAACAAGAGAACAUGACUCGCAGACGGCGUCGAUACCGUGGUUCAGUCAUGCCGGAGGGAUUGCGAAAUCAUGACGUCAUUUCUGAUUGGGCCGUGCGCCAGUUGGUCUAUCCUCCCUUUGCAGAUGUCAACGAAUGGACCCAACCAUUCGCGGAGAUCACCUACACCUUUAACUCGUUGAUCGGAGAGUUCAAGGCCCAGAUGGACAUCCAUAGCGCUAAUCCAGCUAUGGUCCCGCCAAUGCCGCGGCUGACUAUGGAUGAGGGUCUACAUACCUUUUCUUAUCGAAAGCACGUCGCAACAAGAGCAAGCCGUCGUCCAAAAUUACCUCGUUCCCCUUCCAAACCUAUUGGGGAUGGAAUGUGGAAGAUCGAGAAAUAUUCCGUUGCGUCGAGUCAUCCACGUAACAAUGAAAACCCGGAUCAUUCUACCCAACGAGAGCCUGGUAAUGGGAUUUCUCUCCGGCUGCAACACUUCCAGGAUACAUCGAGUUUUGUCAACCCAGAACAGCGUGCCCUGAUGGGCAUCCUGAAGCCGGCGAGCAUAACCGAGACUUUCAAUGAGCUCGAUGUCAAGCUUGACAUACCCAAUGGCCAGUGGGUUGGUAACCCGCCACCUCCUAGUCUGCCAAAAUCUUCAACUGCGCCAAUCCGUCGACUGGCACUCGCAGAUCUGCUUCAUGCCGAGCCGGUACGGAGAGAAGUCAGCCCAGAAGUCGCUGAGAUACUUAGGCCUAGUUCCUUUUCGCUAACAUCGGCUGUUUGGGACAAAUGA